UACCAGCCACCGUGCACUCACAGCGACACACUGGAAACGAGGUAGCAAGCAAAGUCAUCGUCACCGGACAGUUGCCGUCGACACCCCAUGAGAGAGACGACCGCUCGGCUCUUGAGGAUUUUCUGCGUCGUUUAAAACAAGAACCACCCGCCGACUAGUCCAAAAUGAAGGCAUUCAGCAUUGCAGUUGCAGUGACACUCGUGCUCGCCUUUAUUUGCAUCCUGGAGAGCUCGGCGCUCCCCCUCGACGAGGUGCGGCCGCAAACGGAGGAGGCGAGAGGCGGUGACGCUCCAGUUGCUGGCCUACUGGACGCGGCCGCCGAUGGGGAGCCUUGGACGCCGUAUCACGCGCGACACAAGCGGCAAAGCAACCUGUCGAUGUGCUACUGGUGCUGCAAAUGCUGCCGCUCCUACAAGGGCUGCGGCCUCUGCUGCAAGUUCUGAAAGAGAGAGAGAGAACAACAACAACAAACGGAAGUUAAAGAAGGAAGGCCCUCGCAUCACGACAACAAACAGGAGCACCCUAAUUUAUCACUGAGCUGGUUCCCAAUUUUUAUUUUGGUCGC